CUCAUGCAGUCAAACGUUAUUCCCUACCAGAUUUGGUAACGUUUCGAGUUACUAAAUUUGGUGGGGGAGAUAGCUUAGCACUCGGGAGGGCUAAAGAUUUUGUUUUUGCUUAUAACUUAAAUGAUUUAAUGGAAUGA